UUUUUGAAAAAGGGAGGCAAAGAUUGUGAGCAUUAGGGCCAAAUGAAACCACCAAAGAGGACAACUACGGCGAAGGAGGAGGAUGUGCAAUCUCCACCUUCUAUGCUCCAAUGGUGGCGUAGAUGGACGGUGUUGGUGGCGGCCAUCUGGAUUCAAGCCUUCACGGGCACUAACUUCGAUUUCUCCGCUUACUCCUCCGACAUGAAAUCGUCCAUGGGCGUUUCUCAGUCGCGCCUUAACUACAUGGCUGUCGCUUCUGAUUUAGGCAAAGCAUUGGGCUGGUCUUCUGGUUUCGCAGUUGCCUAUUUCCCCGUCUCAGCCGUCCUAUUCUCCGCCGCUGCUAUGGGUCUCGUCGGCUACGGCGUCCAAUGGUUAUCCAUCGCCGCCGACGUCAUCGAUCUCCCCUACUCUCUGGUUCUGGUAUGCUGCUCGUUAGCUGGAUUAAGCAUCUGCUGGUUCAACACCGUCUGCUUCGUCCUCUGCGUUCGGCACUUUGAAUCCAACCAUUCCCUCGCCUUGUCUCUUGUCGUGAGUUUCAAUGGAAUCAGUGCUGCCUUGUACACGCUUGGCCAUGAAAUCAUCAGUGGGAAAUCAUCAGCAAGCUCUGACAUUUACCUUCUCCUUAACUCUCUCAUCCCUUUAUUCGUCUCUCUUUUAGCCCUCUGGCCUGUCCUUACAAACCCUAACUCCUCUGAAACCCAUGCUAGUAACCGGACCCGUGAUGAGACCCGAAUCUUCAUCAUCUUCAAUGUCUUAGCCCUAAUCACAUGCUUUUACCUUCUCCUGCCUUCCUCAGACACCUACUUGGCUUCAUCACCUCUUUGGCAUUUCCUCGGCGCCAUUUGCCUUCUCCUUUUCCCAUUGUGCGUCCCCUUUCUCGACUAUAUUCUCCGUGCUCUCCACUCCUGUUUUCACCGUCACAGCUCUGGCUAUGCAGUGGUUAACAUAGAGGAGCCCAAGACCCCGAAAAGUGGGGGUGGCUUGGAUCAUGAGGAGAUUAAAUCAUAUGAUGAAUGUAAUCAAGUGGGACGCUUAGGAGAUGAACAUUCUCUUGGAAUGCUGGUUCGUAGCCUGGAGUUUUGGCUAUACUACAUAGCUUAUUUCUGCGGUGGGACCAUUGGUCUUGUCUACAGCAACAACUUAGGUCAGAUCGCUCAGUCUCUAGGUCAGAGCAGCUCAAACGCAAAAUCUUUAGUGACACUCUUCUCUGCCUUCUCCUUUUUGGGAAGGUUGCUCUCCUCUGCACCUGAUUUCACACGCAAGAAACUAGACUACAUGACAAGAACAGGCUGGUUCACCAUUUCGCUACUUCCAACACCUUUGGCCUUCUUCAUCCUCGCGUAUUCGUCCAAGACCGCGCUGCUACAGGUUGCCACCGCACUUAUAGGGUUAAGUUCAGGGUUUGUUUUCGCGGCAGCGGUUUCAGUAACUUCGGACCUCUUUGGACGAAAUAGCGUUGGUGUAAACCAGAACAUACUCAUCACAAACAUUCCCAUUGGAUCGCUCUUCUACGGAUACAUGGCUGGUUCUGUCUAUGACAAGCACGCGACGCCAUCUGUCGUGUCGGACACGCUUGUUUGCGUGGGAAGAAGGUGUUAUUUUGCAACGUUCUUGUUUUGGGGUUGUUUGUCUGUUGUUGGAUUAGUAUGUAGCUUGAUAUUGUUUAUUAGAACCAGACCAGUUUACCACCGGUUAGCACAAAACCGAAAUUAAAGCGGUGUAGUAUCAGACUGCUUUUAGAUUGAUGGUAUGUUGUAAAAAUGCUCUAUUUUUCUAAAGAAUGACAACAGAUUUUACAUUUAAUUUAGUUUACAAAUAGAGAGAUUUUCCAUUUAAUUAUAGGGAGGGGGUGUUGAUUUGAAUAACAAGUACUAGAUGAAAUUUCUUUUAGAGAAGUGGAAUGGACUUUGAAGUAUGGGUGGAAUACUUGUCAUUUUUGGUAUAUUUGGUAUUUUAUUUGAUUUGUAAGAGUAUUAAAAUUUUGGACUUAUAUAUACUUGAUUUGUUAAAAAUUAGUGAAUUUGCCAAUUACUUAUCUUAUUUUAUUAUUUGUUAUUUGUAAAUUACUUCAAAGUUACUUAAUAAUUAUUUGAUAAUUAUUUGAUAAUUCGUUGGAAUUCAAACUAAAUAGCUUAUUUGUUUAUAAAAAAAAUAUUUCUUGUUUUAUUAAAUUUCCGUCAAAUCUAAGAAAAAACUUCAAAAUAGUUAUAUAAAUGUAACACUUAUAUUCACAGAAAUAGAAAUAUAAACAAGUUAUCUUACUAACCAAUUAUACGUAUAAAAAGCAUAAAAAGCUUUUCGCUCUGACGCGCCUUUCAAGACAAACGUUUUCCGACGCCGGUGGAGCAAAAUUUCACCGGCGUCGCCUCCACUCCAUCUUUCACAUGUCUUUUCUCGUUCCAAAUCAAAGCUUCCAUUAUGUUUCUUGUUCGCUUUCUCAAUCAUUAUUGGAUCUGUGGUCCUCAACAUUAAAAAAAUACCUUCAUGGUCUAUGCUCGUGUUCUUGAGACCACCAGAACUGCAUUCUAUACCGGGGGUUCCCGGAAAAGCUCUACAACCACCUCUCUACGCCACGACCCGAAGGAAGGGCU